AUGAAUUCCGCUAUAAAUCAACUAAAACAACCGAUUUUGAGUCAAUUUAACGCAUUUUGGACGCCCAUUCGACAAGCCAGCAAAAAAACCGGAGGCAGUACGAAAAAUUCCAGCCCGAAAGUUCGACCGAAACACAGAGGAGUCAAGAUCCAAGAUGGCCGACACGUCAACGCCGGGAACAUCCUGGUGACCCAGAGGACGCUGCGCUUCCACCCCGGGUUAAAUGUGGGAUUGGGAAGGAACGGGACCUUGUUCGCCCUGGAACCCGGCCGGGUCGUGGUGACCUGCGAACAGGCCGACUUGGAUUGGACGCACACGUGGGUGCGGAGGUGCCACGGGUACCGGCAGGGCCAGGUGUUCUACAAGAAGUACUUCAACGUGAUCGCGGAGCCCCAACAUCGGGAUUUCAAGUUGAUCGAUACGAUUUGA